AUGACUCUCUACUACACCCUCGUCUUCUUGCUCCUGGUGGCGGAGAUGGCUCUGUUCAUGCUCCUCAUCAUCCCCAUGCCCUUCUCCUUGAAGAGGAGGAUGUUCACUUUCCUCUCCGAAAACCCUAUAGUAGCCAAGAUACAAUAUGGGCUCAAAAUCACGUUCAUAUUCAUUCUCAUCCUCUUCAUCGACAGCGUCAAUCGCGUGUAUAGGGUGCAGCUUGAGUUGGCCGCUGCCACGGAGAACUCUAAGAAUACCGCCGCUGUCAUGGGUCACGAGCGUCUCGAGGUCCAGGCUCGCAAGUUCUACAGCCAGCGAAACAUGUACCUCUGCGGCUUCACCCUCUUCCUCUCCCUGAUCCUGAACCGCACCUACAUCAUGAUUCUCGAGGUCCUGCGUCUCGAGGAGAAGCUCAAGCAGUACGAAGGCAGCGACAAGAACACCAAGCAGAGUGAGAAGCUAGCUGCCGCUGGUGAUGUUGGCGAGAUCGCGAGCCUCAAGAAAGCCCUGGCCCAGCGCGAUCAGGACAUCGAGACUCUCAAGAAGCAAGCUUCGGGCCUGCACAGGGAGUACAACGACCUGAGCGACAAGUACGCCGCAACCCAAGACGAGGGUGUCAAGAAGACGAAAUAA